UGGAUGGGGAUGAUAAUGUAUGACGUCAUAAUUAAUUGGCAAGAUGGCUGCGCCCACGGAGAAAGAAAGCAGCUCAAGCGGUGGAGAGAAUUUCGACGAAAAUGAGCACUUGCAACCGAAAGCAAAUCGGUACAAUUGGCUCACAGAGCACCCAAAGUACGUUGAGAUGAAGUCGUGGAAAUUGGAGAAUGAUGAGCAGAUUUUCAUCACCUUGAUAGUUUAUCUAAAUUUGUGUGAAGCCAAAGAUUGGUGGAAUGUUGAAAUCCACCCAUGUAGAGAGCUCCAACUAGCUUUCAUAACCGGAAAGCCCAAGAGGAAGGCAGAUAAGCGAGCUGUGCUGCCCAUCUCAACAGAAACACAUUUGAGUCCAAAGAGAUUAAAACAAUUUCUACAGCACAUCUGUUUACCUGGGCUUCCUUCAACAAGCCCCUCCUCCCAAGAUGAAGCGGAGGUAACUUCCGAAGAAGAUACGCCUACAUCGCUGAUACUAGCCAUCACAGAGUCUGGCUCCACCAUUGUGUAUUAUCAGAUCAGUGACGGUCUGGUUCCGCCUUCAGAUCCCCCAAAGGAUGAUGCUGACGAACUUGAACCAAGCAGACACCCUGUUAAACAAUCAAGGAAACGUCAGAAAAGGGGCGGGCCUACAGGGGUGCAAGAAACUGUCACUGAAUAUGCAAAUGAGGAGAGGGAUGACUUUAUGGAGGAGGAGCUUUAGUAUGAAGCUUGAAUGAUGCAGUAUGGAAGGGGGAAGGGCAUAUGUGAAGGGAGCAAAGAAGGGGGUGGGGUUACUGCGCUGAAUAUGCAAAUGAGGUGAAGGAUGACUUGAUGGAGGAGGAGCUUUAGCUUUAGUAUGAAGCCUGAUUGAUGCAGUAUGAAAGAGAAGGAAGGGCAUUUGUGAAGGGAGCAAAGAAGGGGGUGGGGUUACAGUGGUAUAUUUUGCAUAAUUCUGGUUCUUCUCACUGCUUAUUUGCAAAUUAAUAGGCAAUUCCUUUGUAGCUUUACAGCAAAGCUUGCCUACAUCUUUAUAUAUGAUAAUUAUUAUUUAAAUUUCUUGUACAGAUAUUACAGCCUAAGAGUAAACAGCAGUUAUUAAACAAAGUUUUUAAAGAAAUUAGCAACAUAAAGAAAAGAAAUAAAUUGGGACCAUAUGUAUUGGUUGAAACUCAUAAAGGUUACCUUCAA